CGGUGGCAGCCCUCGGGUCACGCCGCCGUUUUGCUGUCUAGGCAAACCAAACAAAGCCCCGGGGGCCCCGGCGGUGGCAGCGCUCCAGCUCUGGGACGGCAGGGACCGAGCCUCGUCCAGGGCUUGUUAACGCUUCUGCCUCCCUCGGCCCUUCUCUCCCACAUCGCCCGUCGCCGCCUUGGCACGCCUGCCUGGCGGUGCCCGCCGCCCGAAGGGGUUAAGCCAGUGAGUCACUGCCUCUCUGCUUUCAUAAUCCCUGCCCCUCUCUCUCUCUGUCUCUCUCCUGCGUCUCCCUCGAAGCGGGGUCGCCGAGAAGACUUCGGAGAGUCCCUGUCGUCGACGUCGCGGGCCUGAAGCGGUUAACCAGAGCCGGGGUGGCGGCAGCAACAGCAGCAGCAGCGAGCCUGCCUCCUCGCUCCCUGGCUCAGUCCCUCCUGCUUUGCGCGCGCCUGGUGUCCUGUGGAAACUGAAGCAGACCUGCCCAGCAAGCCGAGCAACUUUUUGCUCCCCCCCCCCCAUCCCGGCUCCCCGCCUUGCUCUCUCUUAAACGCCGGGCUGGCGAGGAGGACGAGAGACUCCCUCUGCAGCUGAGGGAAGACCAGGCGCAAACACACACAAACGCCGAGGCUGAUUGCGCGUCGUGCGCCCCUGCGAGGCAAAGCUCCUGUUCCUCUCCUGGGUGGACUCGCAAAGGUGAGAGGAGGAGGAGAAGAAGAGGAGGAGGAGCAGAGGGAUGGAGGAACGGCUUCGCUUUCCCGCUGGAUGGAUUUAGGGACAGGGUGGCGGGGAGAGGAGGCUGGAAGGCACCACCGAGCAGUGCGCCUGCCUGAUCCGGUCGUCUGAGGGGAAAGGCACCUGAAGGGGGUUGAGGAUGGCAGCCGUCGCAGCAGCACCAGCCGACUGCGGACACCGCUGCUGAGGGAGAGCUUGGCGGCGGAGGCAGGAGGAGGAAGAGAAGGACACGCGCACAGCAGCAGCUGCAGCGGCGGCGCCUGAGAUCAACCUGAAGAAUCAGCAUCUUUUUAAUUGAUUACACCAAGGUUUUGAUUCUCUUUCUGGGUUCCAAUCCAGCCAUUCCUUUCCGCAAGCCGAGAUCUUCCUCCAGGGCUCAACCAUGACUACUUCUGCCUUGCGCCGGCAGGUGAAAAACAUUGUGCACAAUUACUCUGAGGCAGAGAUCAAGGUGCGCGAGGCCACCUCCAAUGACCCCUGGGGCCCCCCGAGCUCCUUGAUGUCCGAGAUUGCAGACCUGACCUUCAACACCGUGGCAUUUGCCGAGGUCAUGGGCAUGAUCUGGAGGCGGCUGAACGACAGUGGCAAGAACUGGCGCCAUGUCUACAAGGCACUGACUCUUCUGGACUACCUCAUCAAAACUGGCUCAGAGAAGGUGGCCCACCAGUGCCGGGAGAACCUGUACACCAUCCAGACCUUAAAGGAGUUCCAGUACAUAGACCGCGAUGGCAAGGACCAGGGCAUCAAUGUCCGGGAAAAGGUAAAGCAAGUGAUGGGCUUGCUGAAGGAUGAGGAGAGACUGAAGCAGGAGAGAGCCUAUGCCCUGAAAACCAAAGAGCGGAUGUCCCUCGAAGGCAUGGGGAUUAGCAGCAGCAACAGCCAGCAGCUUGCCUAUGGGCGGCGGGCGUCACAGUACGGAGAAGACUACGGCAGGUCAAGAGAGUCUCCGUCCUCCUUUAAUUCCUCUUCCUCAUCCCCUCGGUUCAAUUCUGACCUGGAGCAGGCAAGGCCACAGACGACUGGAGAGGAGGAGCUCCAGCUCCAGCUUGCCCUGGCCAUGAGUCGAGAAGAAGCAGAGAAGCAGCCACUUCCUCCAGUCUCCAGCACAGAUGAAGACUUGCAAUUACAGAUAGCGCUUACCCUGAGCAAACAGGAGCAUGAGAAGGAAGUGAGGGCAUGGCAAGGAGAAAACUCACUACUGCAGAGGGCAUUGGAAGAAAGUCACCAGGGUGUGGAAGAAGAAGAAGAAGAAAAGACCAAGAAAAGUCAGUCUUCUGUGCUGGAGCUGGCAGACAUUUUUGGACCGGCACCGAUCUCUUCUACCCACACUUCAGCUGACCCAUGGGAUAUUCCAGGUGGGGGCAACAAUCGAUCUGUUGAGGUUUGGAAUCAUGAUGCAGCAUUCUCUCCUCCAGCUCUGUCCUUGUCUACUUCUUGGGAGCAUAACAAUACCAAGUCCACCGUGGAAUCAACGGGAACAUCCUGGGGCCCCACGGCAGACCCUUGGGUGCCCGUAUCUUCAGGGGAUCCUCUAAGUAAGACAGCAUGUUCUACCAAUCAAGCCUCUCCAGGGCCCUGGAACCUUCCUCAUGCCUCUUCCUCCUCUGCUUCCUCUUCCGAUCCAUGGGGGGUCAAAUCCCUGCCUUCGAGUGUCUCUUCUUCGGACCCCUGGGGAAAGUCCUCCCCCCCUGCACUAGUUCCUGCAGGCACUGCUUCUGCUGCUGACCCUUGGGGAGGCACUGUGGAGAAGUCUUCCACGUCUGGCAGUGCUGCUUUUGACUUGUUUGCAAAACUACCUGAACACAUGGAUCAGCCAGAACAUGACAGUUCUGGGAAAUCCAACAGCCCAGUAGAUGUGGACCUGUUUGGUGACCUUAUUCCAAGCACGAAAGAGAAUGGAGUCAAGAAUAAGGACGUUUUUGAUAUUGCAGGUUUAGGAGACUCUCUUCCUGAUUCAAAGAAGGAGAAGAAAGACAGCAAAACGCCAGAGGCCUUUCUUGGCCCAAAUGCCUCUUCUCUGGUUAAUCUGGACUCCUUGGUUACAGCCCCUCAGAACCUGAUGUCUCGUAAUCCAUUUCUGGCAGGUCUCAGCACACCUUCUCCCACCAACCCAUUCAACGUCAUGGACCAGCCCAAACCAACUCUCAACCAGAUGCGGACCAGCUCCCCAGUGCCCACCAUAGCUAUGGGGAUGACCAUGAACUCCAUGACCUACAGUGCUUCACUCCCUCUCCCACUCAGCAGCAUCCCACCAGCGAUGGCCCUCCCGGCCUCCAUGAGUGCCUUCCCUCAGACUGGAGCAGGGCCUUUCCCAGAGCUACCUGGCAACUUGCCUCAACCUCUCCUACCACUGUCUGGCUCAGGUCCCCCGCCACUACCUUCUCAAGGCGGUAUGAACCCUUUCCUCUGAGAAGACUCUUGUUGGUGUCAUGCAAACUGUUCUCUUGCUCCUUCCCCAGCUGCUAUGGAAAACCUCCCAUGCAAAAUGGCUUUGUGGGCACAUUAGUUUUGAUGGGGGUGGGGGAAAACGUCUCCCUGGAAACUCUUCUCUAGUUUCUGCCUAAGCCAAAGAGAUUCAUAAGCAAGAAUCUCCUUGUUUGGUGGCGUAUAGAAGAACCAAUCGCUCCAUCAUGUUGAACAUUGCCUGGAGUCUGCUGCCUCUGAUGGAGAACUGGGACAUCCCUGCCACUAGCUGGCCUCGGUUUGAUGUUUACCCAGGAGAUGGGAGGUCUUUUAAGAAGGGCUUGAGUUUUCAAGGGUCUUCAUUCUCCAGUGCUUUUAUGUUGGUACACACAGAGGCUAGGAUAAAAUAAAAAUUAACUCAUGGAAGAUUGUCCCUUCAGAGGGAAGGGAAUCAAAUUAUUUCGUAACCUGCAUGGAAAACACAAAAAUGUUUUGCCAAGGCUUGCAGCGGCACUACGUGCAUGACAGUCUCACUUCUGGAAAUCAGGAUAGGUCAGCAAGUAUAGCACUGUUAUACAUUAGAGGAGGAAAUCCAAUUUCUUUUUCCACAGUCACUUUCACUGGGUCCCUUAAUGAAGGGCAGUCUCUUCCUCAGUUGCUCUUGUCCUCAAGUUACGCUAUGGGGAAAAAAAUACAUAUAUUCAGCAGUCUGCAACUAGAAAACCUACCUGACUGUAAAAAUAAACAGCAGCAGCAGCAAGACCAACUGCAUAUACAUUCUUCUUUGUGCACCCUUCAUUCUGCUUACAAUUUUUGGAGCAAAGCUGAUAAGUUUUGAGACUGGUUAUGGGAAGGAGGUGUAACUGCAUCAAGAACAACCUGGCCACUGGAAGUCUGGCCAACCUUUUCUGGCUUCUAAUUCUUGAGCAGCAAAUUUGCCCAAAUUACUAACCAGGCUAGAAACUUGCCUUGUAAAAAAAAAGCCCCUGAACUCGGAUGCUCAGGAUUAUGAAGAAGCAUUACACUUUGCACUAGGAGAGCACAAUUCUCAGUUUCACUCGUUUCUGCCCAGAUGUUCCUUCAUUCCAAAUCCAAUGUCUCUGCCACUUGCGUUUCUGCCUCCUUCGGUCCGAACGGCGUUUUCCUUUGACCCCUCAGUAAUCAUUUGGGGAAUCCAGUUUCUCCUUUGUUAUCAUCAUGGACAACCUCUUAGUUAUAUGCCUGAUCACAGACUUUUGUUGCUGUCUCCAGCGCCUACCUCUCAAGCCCCAAACUCAAAAACAUGGGAUACCUGCGACUGAGGGGCACUCCAGAAAGUGCAGAUUCUACAGUGGAAAAGGGUGCUUGAAUGAACUUUGUGAAACUCACGAGGAAGUUCUGGACUGCUUUAAUGGAGGCAAAUGAUGGAGGUCAUUGUUUGAAUAUGAUGUCGGGAAUCCUGACUCCGUGAUGAUAAAACUUUAUUAUUGUGCUUGAUGGCCUUGGAGCAUUUCAUUUUGGGGCUUAAACUUGCUUUAAAAACUCGAGAGAGAGAGAGAGAGAUAAAUGUAUCAAUAGGUGUGUUAUCUUCAAUUCAGCCAACCUCUCCUUCCAAGCUGGAAUGGCAGGGACAGAGUGUAUGUACAGCAUGAAGUUAAAUCCCAGUUACCAACUGUGUCUUAAUCUAGGAUUUCAGCAUGCCAAUACAAGAUUCAUCUGCAGGACAAGAUGUUUGUGGAGCACUGAUCCAGCUAGAAUAAGCUUGAGGUGGGAUGUGAAUAGGGGGCCAGGCAUGGAGAGCAUUGUGGUACAAUCAUUGAAGUUUUGUUGCCUAUGCUUAAGCAAUCACCAUACCAAUACAACUUUUCUGGCUAUAAUGGAACAUAAAGAGGGGGGAGGGAAAUAAGAAGUCAAUAAAAAGUUCAAAUAUG